AUGAUAGAAAACUUCAUGAACGCCCAAUUUCAACGAAACAAAGAUUUUGCUAAUCAAAAUGCUCAGAUGAGUGAGCUGAUGAAACAGAUGUCGAGUAAGCUUUAUGUUAUGGCUACCCAUAACAAAAUGUUAGAAACCCAAAUUUCUCAAGUAGCCUUACAACAAGCAGUAAUAGCAGCCCCAUCUAGAGUAUUUCCUAGUCAACCUCAACCAAAUCCAAAAGGUCAUGCUAACGCUAUCACGCUACGAAGUGGGACAGAAUUAGAUGGACCAAUUGACCCAAGACUUCAAAAUCCAUCCAUGUAUCAAAACUUUGGUAAAUCAACUGAAAUGGUAACAACCGAUGAUCAACCAGAAAAACAAAAGGAUAAAGGAGAGGAAGACAAAAAUGAAGAGACCGUAGAGAAAGAAAAACUUUAUGUGCCUCUACCACCAUACAAACCACCUAUACCUUAUCCUCAAAGACUUGCUAAGUCUAAAAAUGAAGGGCAAUUUAAGAAAUUCGUAGAACUUCUAAAAUAA